AUGGCUUCUGUAUCUGAACUCGCGUCCACUCUGACGUCGGUUUUGCAGAAACUCCCUUCGCUACAGGAAAUCCCGAAUGACGACCGAGUCCUGCUGCUGCAGGUCGUCAACGAGCUCCAGGCGAGGUUGGAGACAUAUGUCGAGUCCAUCCAGAAGCUCAUCUUUUCGCCCCAAGAUCUCUCGGCUAUCCGUCUGGCACAGGGAAUGGGCAUCUUUGAUGCCUUUGCAGCCUCUGGUGACAAGGAACUGACGCUGGACGAGCUUCACUCCAAGGUCAAAGGGGAAAAGGGGCUCCUCGUCCGCAUCAUGCGUUCUCUAUGUUGUAAAAACGUCUGCAAGGAAACAGGCCAGGACAGAUAUUGUCCCCUGCAAUUGGCUUUCCUGUUUGUUAAUGGGAUGCCGACCGGCGAACUCAUCAAACACUUUUAUGCCAAUAUGCGAGCGUCGGCCAGGCUAUAUGAUUACUUCGAGGCAAACGGGUACCAGAACCCAACGGACAGCUAUGACGCUCCUUUCCAGCUGGCGUUCGACACAAAGGACCAUUACUUUGAAUGGCUGGCCAAAAACCCGGCGGAUCAGAAGGCUUUCAAUUCAACGAUGACACUCGGCCGCCGAGUCAGAGGGAAAGAGUGGUUUGAAGUCUUCCCCGUCGGCGAGAAACUUCAGGCGUCGUCUGACCGCGCCCUUCUCGUCGACAUUGGAGGCGGCAUCGGGCACGACCUCAUUGAAUUCAAGCAGCAGUUCCCCGAGCUGCCGGGGCGGCUGGUUCUCCAGGAUCUGCCCCAGGUCAUUGACGACAUCAGCCAGCCACUGCCAGACGGGAUCGAAGCCAUCAAGUACGACAUGUUCACACCGCAGCCAAUCCGGGGGGCCAAGGCGUAUUACAUGAGAACCGUUCUCCAUGACUGGCCAGCGAAACAAGCGGUCAAAGCACUCACCCAAGUCCGGGAGGCGAUGGCAGAGGAUUCCAUCUUGAUAUUGAACGAGAACUGCAUCCCGGAAUCCAAUGUCUCCUGGCAUUCAACGGUCGUAGAUAUCACCAUGAUGGAGAUCUUCUCGUCUCUCGAGCGGACUCAGCGCCAAUGGGUUGACCUGCUGGAACAGGCGGGUUUCCAGGUGGUCGGCAGCUACUGCCCUGGGUCUGUCCGAGGGAAUGUCUUUCUUGCAGUAGAUCCUGGCAAAUUAGGCCGUCGGAAAGGAACCAGUUCCCCGAGCCACGCGGAGACUCCCAAAAAGAAGACAGGCCGCGUCAGAGAUGCGGGGGGAGGCCAGCGAAUGAUUAUAUACACUCCGGACACCGGUAUCAUUGUUGGGAAGCAGUUGCUGGGCAAAUUCCUCACGUUCAUGACCGAAGGCCGGGGCAUGACGACCUGGCCUAUCCGACUGCUAGAUAUGAUCGACCUCCACUCUAGUUGGCGCUCUAGCACAUGGGCGGCCAGCUUAAUUUUCAAUGGUCAAGUGUCUGGACACAGGCCUUGUCUCGUCGAAUACCGGAAAUAUUACGGAGAUGGGCUGCAGCACCAGCGCUUGUUCAUGCAGAGAAUCGGCAAUUCGACUGCCACCCCCACUCUCGAUGACGUUGUCAACACGAUGGUAUUGGCGUACACGGAGGGAAUGCUGGUCACGACUCCAAAUGCUGCGCAAUGUCAUCUGACUAUGGCCGUGGAUCUGCUGGGCAGGAUCGGCCCGCAGAGUUGCCAGGGGGGCCUUGCGUGGACGCUCUUCUGCGAUCUACGAACCGUCCAUGUGAGCUCUUCCCCCUCCAAAAACCCGAAGUAA